UUCUGUCAGCUGUCUAUGAUCAGAGGAAGACGUCCUGAAUGACAUUUGGAAAACAGAAGAGUCGAACGAGUAUUAUAACAAUGAAAGCUUUGUUAGACAUUUUGUCACAUUCUUUUAAAUUUUAUUAGAGGUUAUACAUUAUUUUUUGCUUAAAAUACGCAUGAUCACGUUUUACGAAAUUCCUUUACGGAAGAGAACUGAGGUCAGGGAAGGAGGGUGUGCUGACAAGUGGGUGACUCCACUUUUGGUAGAAAGGGUGUGUCAGAAUGCAAGUAAAAUUGGAUUUGACUCCUGAGAGAGUGAUAUUCAUGCUACAGCAGGCUCUCUCUAAGGAGAAGGAGGAGUGGAACCCCUCUCUGUACAAAACACACACUCUAGAGAGUGAGGAUGUAACUGCAGAAGAAAGAGACGGGAUUGUUCAAUGGCUGGCUGAACUAAACUAUCAACUUCGUCUUACACCAGAAACAUUUUUUUUGAGUGUGGCAAUACUGGAUACCUUUUUUGGGUUAGUCAAGGUCAAGCCAAAAUACCUGAAGUGCAUAGCCAUUUCUUGCUUGUUUCUUGCCAUGAAAAUUUGUGAAGAAGAUGAGGUAGUGCUUAUGGCAGAAGACCUCAUUGAAGUCAGUCGUUGUGGCAUCAAAGUAGCGGAUCUUGUCAGAAUGGAGAGGAUCAUAGUUAGUAAGCUACUUUGGGAUUUAAAGAAAGUCACAGCCCUGGAUUUUUUGCAAGUGUUCCAUGCUUUUCUGAUGUUUAUGUGUCCAGGUCUGCUAAUUGGUCAGUAUGCCACUGGUUCUGGAGGGUUACUCUGUUUGCUGACCAGAAAACUUCAGGUUUGUCUUGCCAACCACCGAAUCCUUCAGUUUAAAGCUUCCACUGUAGCUCUGUCAUUGAUCAGCCUGGAAUUAGAGGGUUCUUUACCAGACUGGUUUGCUAUAACAGUUGCCCUGCAGACAUUUGCAGAGGUUGAGAAAAUGGAGAUUAUACGCUGUCGAGAGUUACUCACCCAGAUUUUAACUCCUCAUUACUGCCAUGACCAUUUUGUUACUAUUAGACAAAGUCAGGCUGCAAAAUGUAAGAUGGAGCAGGCUGAUGUGGAAGAAAUCUAUGACAGCAUCAAACGUCUCUAUGGAGAUGAGGGAAUGUUUUUUAUGGGUGCAGCUAGAGAACAGUAAACUCUUCAUUCCACAAAGUAAUGCUGAAAUUUACCUUCACAUAACUGGUUGUAAUUCUAUAGAAGGAUGCUAUAAUUGGCUGUAGGUAAAAUAGUAGAAACACUAAUUCUUUAGAUCCAUAGCUGUAUUUUUUAACAAUUGUGAUGGUUCUCAAACACAUCUCAGUUAUCUGAAAAAAUAUUCUGCCCGUAGAUAACUUUUAUUUCUAUAAAACGAUGUUGCAAAGGUGUUGGAAAAAAUUUGCUUUAAAUGCUGUGUUUUCAUUCUGUACAAGAAUUAAUUAUCCACAUACCUUCUGACUACCUAUGACUGAUUUAAAACUAAUACUGAAAGUUUUAUCAUUUUAACCUCCAAAUUAGCACUUAGAGUUGAUGAUUAAAUUACUACUUUUCAGCCCAGUAGCAAUAUAUUGCAUUUUCUGUAUUUGCAUUCAUAAAAAUCAUAGCUUCUAAAAGGCACCAAAUCUGAAACACAGAUAUUUCAAACAUGAAGCAUGUUAACUGCUGAUGUGGGUGGGUGGAGAAUUUAUGAUUUAUAAUGAAAUAAAAUCCUACAUGACUUAGCUGUGUAUUAUGCCUACAAACUGCACAUAUUUGUGACUCAAGAUUUAUCUCCUGUACUAAUAACUAUUAGUAUUAUCAAAAGUUUGCAUUCAGUGAUUAGCUAAUUUUGGUAUUCUUGCACAGCUAUGUUAUUUACUUUUUAUCUAUUUCAUUCUAACAAACUUAUCCAUUUUUUGAAUAGCAACCAAUACAAUCACAAACCUAAUGAUGUCAUGCACUUUUUGCAUAUAAAUAGUAUAUAUUUUACUGUAUUUAUUUACAAAAAUUACACCGUAUAUACCCAUUUAAUUACCAGUAAAAGUUUUGUAAAUUAAUUGCUUCAGUAAGAUAAACAAGCAGGGAAACUAGUAUAAUUACAAAAAUAUGAUACAGUUACAUUAGUUAAAGGCAUGCAGUCAGGCAAGUCCUCUGGAAGACUAACUGAAAGUUAAAGAAUUUACAACAAUGACAAAGGAAAGGAGCUCUAUGACAUAGACUGUGAGAAAGAAAAGUAGCCCUAGCUUUCAGACAAUAUGUGUAUGAUUUUAUUAGUUUUAGAAGUUUGGAAAUUGUAAACAAAAAAUGUAGUUGGACAAGUUCAACAGUUUAUACCUAUAUUUUUCAUAAAUUCCUGCUUUCAAACUAUUUCAGUAAGAAAUAAUCAACAAAGACCAUAGCAGCUUUGUUUUGUAUGUUGAUAAUUUUCCUUAAACAGGAGGGAAGUUGAAAUAUUUUUACUCUCCAAGCAAAAAUUACAAUUGGAGGGUGAAAAUCCAAAUUAGAAUUAGCAGUUUGGAGUUUUUGUACUUCAUCCAAUUUAAAUUUUAAUAAGAUUUAUUUCCAAAAAAUUAAUUCAGAACAUUUCAGUGAAAGUUUUGUUGAUGAUUGGAAGGGGAAUAUCAAACAAUUUUUUGGAAAAUUUUAAAUUGUCAUGUGUCCCCAUGAAAAGCAAGAUAUAUACUGGGCUGGAAAGGGGUAAAAGAAUUUUUCGUAUAUAUUUUAUAUUAAGAAUGCUGUGAUUAAAGCAUUACUAAACAAUUAUUUAAUCAUGAAAGAUAAUGAAGCAAAAUGUGUCUUGAUAUAGCUGUGUUUUCACUAGUUGUAUUUAUAUUGUUUUGUUGAAACAUAAAGAAAUUUAAAAAUGUAUAGCUUUCAUCUGGAGUUUAGAAAUUUUAAUAUAAUUUAACAUUUAAGGUACAAAACUUGUUGAGAUGGACUAUGCCAUCUGGAUGUUUUGGGAUAUCUAACACCAGAUGUUUGGGUGAUUCACCAUUUUCAGGGUUAUUUACACUCAGUAGUAGUAGUAGUAACUGAAUUAACUAUAGUACUGAGAUUACCAGUGGGCCAAGAGAAGGCUCAUUCUGUUUUCAAAAUUGUUAAACCUGGGGGAAUCCUUGGAGAGUUUAGGUAUACCACAAAGGAACUUGGGAUAUUAUGUUUGAUCUAGAAAUGUUAUACUUGUAUUUUUUUUUAACUGUCUGAAAGGUAAAUAAUCAAAUAAGAAAUAUUUUGACUUAGCAUUACUUGUUCAAUGUAUAAUGAUGUGUUCUUUGAAUUGCUGCAAAAGGAUCUUACACAUCAAAAUCAUUUGUUGAAUUAGUUAGAAAGAUGAUAUUAGAGUAAAUAGUUUUAUAUGUAAUGAGUGGCCAGAUGUCAGAAUCUAUAGCAACAAACUUAAAAGUCUUUUGUGCUGUUUUUAUUGUUUAUUGUAAUAUUUUAGAAUAGUAUUAAUUUAUGUAUGCAUUGGAUAGUUGAAAUCUGUAUUGCACAGAAUAGACUUUUAUCACUUUUAUAACUUAACCUUGUAUAAAUGUACAAAAAAUAUGCUGUGCAAGAUGUACAAAAAAAAUGUAAAAAUAUGUAAAAAUGUAAAAAAAAAAUUUGUAUGAUGCACAAAGUGAACAGUUUUAGUUUUCUUCAUGUUUCAAAUUUUGUUUUCAAGCAGCAGUGUUUAGCAUGAGUUUAUCCAAGAUAACAAUUAUUGAUUUCUUUUAAGUGUCAAAGUUGUUUUCUGUAGUUUUUAAACAAAUUGAGUUAAUAGAUGUCGCUGUGUAUUUGAUCUUUGAAAAUGUGGUGCAUGUUAUUGUUUUAAAAUUUAUUGCACAAGUUUUUUUAAAUAACGUACACUUACUAUCUGAUAGAAUAUUUUAUUUCUUUUGAGUUCAAGUCGUAGUAACUGUGGCCAGUAAUUUGUGUACAUUGUAGCUGUAUUUUUCAUUCCAAUCCCUGUUUAUAACUAGUGUAGUUAGGAAGAGUCGAGUUGGAAUUAGUUAAAGCUUCCUUUGAAGCCAGUAUUGGUAAGUUAUAAAUAAACUUGUCUGAUUUACAAAAA